AUGUCUUCCACCCCCAGCCCAAGCAAAACCACCCACCAAACACCACGCGAACUCGCCGCCGCAAUCAAAAAGAAACAAGAAGAAGCCCUCUCAAACCUUCAGCUAAACAGCCUCUCCAUCGUCCUCUACAUCCGCGCCGAUCCACCGAAACCAAACGACUUCCACUGGGCCUACUAUUUCCACAUCAAGCCUUCCAGCGGUGUGAAGUACCAUGUCUCCAAUCUCAGCGGCGGCUGGUUAGCUGAGCAUGCAUCCAAGAGCGCCAUCUUCAAGGAGGGGUUUCUCUGUGCGCUAGUUCAGAUCGCGACUGUUCCGGAGGAAGCACAUGCUCGGCUUGAUGAGAUUAUGAGGUCGCAUGAUGGUGAUAUUAACUCUAUCCCCGGUAUUACCUGCCGCGUAUGGUUGUUCGCUAUUCUGAAGAAACUUGUCGAUGAGGGGAUUGUGAACUGUCCUUCCAUUGAGGAGCUGCAGGAGGAGUGUAUGGAGAUCGGGAAUCGGGUUAGCUUGGAUGCGGCGAGGAAUGUUCAGCCGCGGCCGGUUGUUAGGUCGAGGUUUUGCAACUGA